AUGAAUUGUGGUUCGUCAAGACGCGAAGAAUGCAGUGAAGAGUGUGCAGGCGGUAAUACCGAAGAAGAAAUAGAAGAAUAUGCUGAAAUCUUUGAAAAUCUUGAAGAAUACCGUGGCGAUGCAAAGAAGGAUACCGAUACUGAUACAGAUACGGAUACUGACACAGAUACCGAUUCGGAGGAAGAAACAGACACAGAUACUGACACGGAUACCGAUACAGACACAGACACAGACACCGACACGGAUACAGAUGACGAUGAUGAAGAAGAAGAAGAAGAAGAAGAUGAUAAUGGUGAAGAGGAAGAUGAAGAAGAAGACGAUCGCUCACACAAGAAGAGCAAGAAAUCAAACAAACACAGCCACAAAAGCGGCAAGUCAAAACGUCAUUAA